AUGGAGCCCAUUCAAAAGCUCCACAAGUUUAGAUGUGGUGUUCAAGAUUCGUACGAAUUUUUACCCUCGACAGAAGAGCUUUUGGAAGCAUCCAGUAGCUUGGCUAGCCAUCAUAAUGAUUUAACAGAAGAGGAGGUCGUCAAUACUGUGAAAUGCUUGAGCUACUACUGUUUGAACUCUACCUAUACGAUUGAGCUAAGGAAAAAGGUUCUUGAUGAUAUUAAAAGGGCUACUAAUAAAGAGCGCCUCUCUACAAUUGUGCACGAUUUGCGAGCCAUGCUUAUGCAGAUAAAACGCGAGAAAAUCUCUGCGCAGGGGAGGCUCAAGUCUGAAGAGACGUUUAUGCUCAAACCACAGAGGGGUUUCAGUUUUACAGACGAUAAAGUGAGAUCAGAAUGGGCCGCACAAGGUGGGAAGAGAUCCAUACCGUUAUUUUAUGUCGUUCUUGGGCAACUUGAGCAUGGCGAGAUAUCGUCGAAUUUGUGGUGGAUAACGCCUGGUAUUUUGAAUAUAUUGGACGAUACGUCGGAGCUGGAGGGUAUCAAACUGCAAGGCGUUGUUUUGCUGCGACAGUUCUUGACACAAACGGUUGACGUGACCCAUACAGCGCAAUUCAACUUCGCGGGAUCUGGUCUUUUCAAACUCUUCGAGCCGAUACUUCUAUCCCUCUGGUAUCAUUUCCCACCGUCAACUGACCCUGAGCUUAGCGGGAAAAUCUGGGAAACUGUGUCCUCCACGCUUCUUGCCUUGUACCAAGUGCAAUUUGCUUACGAUCCCACUCAGUAUCACCGAUUUGUCCAUAAAUUUCUAUCUGAGACCAUACUUCAGGCAACACUUCCUCGCAUAGCAGUGGAGUAUACAGAUUUGACGGUUAAGGUCUUGAAAAUCGUAGACUCCACGAUUGAUAUUUUAGGGCCCAAGUCGGUGGCGCAUAUGCAACGAUUGAUCUACGUUAUAGGCGAGCACUUGGUCCGCAACGCCUUUGUUACGCUGUUCAUGCCACUAGUACACCAAAUAACAGCAACUUUGACAAAAGUCGUGAUAGCUUGCCCCGAAGAGCGAGUGGCCGCUCACAAGUAUGACUUCUUGGGCUGUGUAUUAAUCUUGAGUGAGAAGUGCCAUUCAGAAGGAACUCUCGACGAUAAAACUGCGUUAUCUUUUCAUGAAUUUGUGCUUCUGCUGAAGUCUAGAGGGUGCGAGUGGGAACAAGAAGAACGAGAACAACUGAGUGGAAAGCUUUCGUGGGGCAAACUCAAUAUUUGA